ACUCUAUUUUUACGGCGGAACAGUGUUGUAAAUUUUAAACGAACAUUUACCUAAGCCAUGGCAAACGACUAUGUACGGAAGUUUAUACAGAUGUGUAAUUAUCUCCAAGAUCCCCGCCAUGUUGCGAGGUUUCAAAAUGUUUGCGGCGUUAAAGGGGCAUUUCCGUGUAAAGGGACAACGCCGGACAGUGCAGAUUCGGAACCGGACUGUCCCGGACUGAAGAAGAGGGUACAACAGGGGGGACCAGGCGCGGACGGUUGUGUUGGGAAUGGAUCAGUCGGGGAUGCGAGCGUUCCGCUUUUUAACAGGAUGCAGGGUGACGUUUCCGCCAGGCCGGAUGGUCCAUCAGCAGCAGCAGCUAAUGUCGACCCAGACACCGUCAGAGCGAAACCCCUCCGGAAAAACUCCCUGACCGGAGAUGUGGGUCAAGAGUUCCUGAUCCACAACAAGUUUCUGUUCUACCUGUUCACGUUUGGGACCGAGCUUGGCAACGAGAUGUUCUUCAUCAUCUUCUUCCCCUUCCUCUUCUGGAACGUCGACGCCCUGGUCAGCCGGAGACUCAUAAUAGUCUGGGCCUGGAACCUGUUCGUGGGACAGUCCACCAAAGAUAUGGUCCGCUGGUCCCGGCCGGCCUCCCCUCCUGUGGUGAAGGUGGAGGUGUUCUACAACUCCGAGUACAGCAUGCCUUCCACGCACGCGAUGACUGGGACAGCCAUACCCUUCUGUCUCUUCAUGCUGACAUACGGACGAUGGCAGUACCCCUUUCUCUUUGGCUUUUGUGUGGCCCUUAGCUGGAGCGUCCUGGUCUGUGUAAGCCGACUCUACAUGGGGAUGCAUUCUAUUCUGGAGGUAAUCACUGGCUUCCUGUACAGCCUUCUUAUUCUAGCUUUUUUCCAGCCAAUUUUGGACAAGAUCGACAGCUUCUACAUGAUGGACCACUUUGCUCCCCUCGUGAUCAUCGUGUCACAUGUGAGCCUGGGACUUGUGGCUUUCUCUCUGGAUUCCUGGAGCACCUCUCGAGGCGACACAGCUCAGGCUCUUGGCACCGGGGUAGGAGCUGCUAUUGCCACCCAUGUGAACUAUCAGUUUGGGCUGCUGCUGGAUCCACCACUUUCCUCACUUCCUCUAACUUUACCACCAAUCAGCACUAGCUUGGUGGUUGUCUCCCUGCUGCGCUUCCUCAUCGGAGUCGCUGUCAUCCUUGUCACCCGAAUGAUUAUGAAAGCCGUGACAAUUCCAGUUUUAUGUCGAUUGUUUGGGCUGCCUUCAGAUGAUGUAAGAGGGGCGAGGCAGCACAUGAAAGUAGAGCUGCCCUAUCGUUACAUUGUCUACAGUGUUGUUGGUUUUAGUUGUGUCUGUGUGGGGCCGCUCCUCUUUAAGAUCCUAAACCUCGCCUGAGUGUUGUGUGCUAACUGUCCUUUACAGCUGACAUGUUCAUUUGGUAAAGGCCAAGAGCACUUAGAAACAUGCUGCUUGUUUAGACACAAAUAAAGGUUGUGUUUCUGCAUAACAGAAACUAAUUUAAUAGAUAAAUGUGGUGAUAUUCUAUAUUUAUUGUGCUGUCAAUAUUCCUCUCUAUGGUAAUAGAGCUUUUAAACAUAAAAACACCAAAUAAAGUAUUUACCUCUGUUUGACUGACUGUAAACGGCCCAGCUGUUUUAGGUACAUUUUUUGCUUUAAAAAAAAAUAAAACCAGGUAAAGAUUUGUGACCCAUUUUAAAGACCUUUUUUUUUUUUUUAAAGAUUUGAGGAAGUUGAAAAGUACUGUGAGACUUAAUUAUUGUUGCUUUUGGCCUUUUGAUGUAGGAUUGGUUGACACUAACAACAAUAUAGAACAUCACCAACCUUAUCCUUCAAGAUCCAGAGGUGGCUGUGAAGUGUUGUGUGCAGCUUUGCAAAUACUACAUCUAGCAGAUGUACUGUUAUGAUGCUUGCGUUCAAUAAUGAGGAACAUUGUACAUUUCCAUGUCAAACAACAUGUUAUUGGAGAAUUUCAUGCUUUAAGAAAAAAACCAAACCAUAAAUCAGUAAUGUGUGAA